ACAUAAUUUCAUCGCCGUUUCGUAAAAAAGAAAUGAAAUUUAAUGUCAAACAGUUAAUUAUCAAAAAUAUCACUAAUUGGUAGCUUUUUAUAUUAUUGAUUUUUUUUGACCACGCUGUUUACAUGGCCUGCAUGAAAAGCUUGUAUCUGUUAAGCUAACAUUCAUAACAAUAACGUAAUAAAUUUUUACAUCAGAUUGUAGCUCUUCUCUCAAAUGAAAUUUUCCGCGUUCGAAAAGAUUGCUAAACUAUAGAUGUUAUCUACAAAAUUAACUGAGUACCUUUCAGUCAAUCCGACUCAAGCCAACACUCAAAAUAAAUAAAGGUUAAGUUUUGAAAGAAACUGUGGUGCUACGUCAGAAGAUGUUAUUACAAGUUAAUUUGGAUUCGCUCUGACGAAGGGUUAACACUCGAAACGUUUGUUUUAGAGUCUCUCAACGGUGGCUAAUUUACUCCUGCUAAAACAGUAGAUGGCGUUGAAGGCGCGCUCUGAUUGGUUACUAAAACUGCGAAUAUCCUUUGCCAUUCACCUCCAAGCAACGCGCACAGGAUUCUUUCCCGAAAUUAUUAUAAUCGUUGCAGGAGUAAAUGCGUCAAAAACAUCUUUUUGUUCUUUAUUAUCUCACUGUAUACACUGAAAAAACUAGUCACCUCCACUUCGGAGAGUAGUUGUCAAGUAUAAACUCAGUAGAUGAUACCAAAUUAACUAGUUAAGACAAAACGCGCUUAGACGAAACGACACGGAAAAAAAAAAUGGCAGAGCUAAAAAAAUUUGAAUGAACAAAAUUUAAAAACAAUUAAGAUCGAAAUUGACGCCUUUAAAUGAAACUUCUUCGAGUUUUACAAUUAGAUGAUUGAGUAUGUUCCUUUUCCCAUCUGGUUUCUGCAAUAAAUUUAUUUUAUGUCAAAUAAAAUUAUCGGCUGAAGGCUUUGCCUCAAUUGAAAUACAUUUUAUCUUUCAAUCAACUUUUGGAGAAUGCAAAUAUACUUUUAAGAGUGUUAAAAUGAAUAUUCUGCUGAAAUAAUGAACACUUAGAAGUUAAAAGCUUCCGGCCUGUUCUGAACUGAGCCGGAUAACAAGAAACAUCUGGCUUCAGUUUUCCCUCAAAAAAGCUAAGUUAACAUAUCAUCUCUGUCAUUGCCUAUUCCAAGUUAUACUUGUUAAUUGUUUACAGGGAUCCGGCUGAUAGACUGUGAGGUUAUAUUUGAGAAUCAACGCUGUUCUUCCAAGAAUCAAGCUAAAAGCGAUAUGUCCGCCACAAGUGACGAUAACACAAAUGUAGGUCCGCACAACGUACCGACUCUCAGUGUACAAGAGGUGGCGGAUUCCAAUCAGAAUGUAACGGCUAUCAGCUCGACUAGAAGCAGCGCACAGAUCGAACGCAAGUCAGGAAUUAUCACCGAAGGAGAUUCCGAAAGUCGGCAAAGAAGCGGGCGAAGCCGGCUGUCGAGCGCUAAAUCUAAAAGAGCAGGUACAGGCAAAAGCAAGCUGACCCCAGUUCCCACACCAGUUGAUAAAGAUACGUCCAAAGGAGAGGUUAGCUCAGAUGCAGAAGCUGGGGAAGACAGUGAUUAUGAUACAGAUCUGGAGUUUGAAGAACCUCGUCCAGAAUACGACCCAACUGGUCGAAAAGCAUACCGGGAUGCCUGCUCUCAACUCGGUAUCAUUCCAGUCUCCUUUGUUAUCGAGCACAUCACAAGGGAGGAGAUUAACAUUAAACACCAUGGCCUGGGUCCAACCGGAGCCCAAGCCAUAGCAGCUGCACUAAUGCGAAACACGACAACGACGAAACUAAAUCUAAGAGACUGCGCAAUAGAUCCAGAAGGCAGUGUUUACAUCGCCAGAUUACUUCGAGAAAAUUUUUAUAUCACGGAGCUGGACCUUGCUGAGAACAAAAUCAAAAGCCCUGGCGCGAAAGCUAUUGCCGAAGUUCUUAAUGAUAACAACACCAUAAAAACUCUGAACUUAUCCUGGAGCGAGUUCAAAGACAAAGACGCCGCUUGUCUGGCAGAAGGAAUUCGUGUAAAUCAAACUCUGGUGUGGCUCGAUUUGAGUCAUAACAACUUUUGUGAAGAAGCUGGAGUUUUAUUCGGACCGGCCAUUGAUGCAAAUGGUGGAUUGGAAUAUCUCAACCUUAGCUGGAAUCAUUUACGAGGAAAGGGUGGAAUUGCUAUCGGCAGAGGGCUCCGCGCCAACUGCAGCUUGAAGACACUCAACCUAUCUUGGAAUGGGUUUGCUGAUGAAGGUGCAGCUGCGGUUGGAGAAUCACUUAAAGAAAAUAACACACUUACUGACAUAGAUUUGACUAACAACCGGAUUUCCACUCAAGGUGCUCUGGCGCUUAGUAAAGGAAUUCAAGUCAAUAACACUUUGAAAAUAUUAAGAAUUGGAAUGAAUCCCUUACAAAAUGCUGGUGCUUUUGGCCUUCUCACAGCCAUGAAGAACAACCUUGAUACGGCGUUAGAAAAAAUGCUACUCAACAGUGUUGUGGUGACUUUAGAGACCCAGGCCCUCGUAGAGCUUCUUUUGGGCCAACAUCCGGGACUCACCAUUACCUGCACUUAUAGCAAACGUUCAGGAAACCUAUCGGAAGAACUUGACAAUCUUUACGGAAAAAACAAGAAGAACGACUUGAUUUAUAUUCUCAAGCAAUACGUCGAAGAGAAGAAUUAUCGGUUGGUAGAUUUGUUUAACCAGUUUGACAAAGACAAUAGCUUAUCAGUGACCAGGGAGGAAUUUCGGCAAGGGCUAAAAGGCAUUGGUGUGCCCAUGACUGAUGAUCAGCUGACCGCAUUGAUUGACAUGUUGGAUGAGGACGGGGACGGUGAAAUUGACUACGGUGAAUUCACGUGGAUAAAUGAAGUAGAAUAAAUGACGUACUCCUUGAAUGUGUUGACGAAAACCUGUUUCAUGUAAGCUUCUCAGAAUGAAAAGAAUUUUAUUCAUA